CAUUAAAAACUCACAAGUUGCUGCCUGGAAGUAACGUGUGACGUAAUUGACGUACAGUUGUUAUUGCGUUUUACAAUAACAACAAAAACAAUAGGAAAAUAAAUUAAGCUUUUUUAGUCGAAUUCAGUCCGUAAAUGUUCUUUGAUCGGUAAAGUGGGAAAUAUCGUGCAUAUAUCUUUCAUAUAAACAACAAUUUGGUCCGAAAAGUUUGUUGAAAAGGAACCAAAUCGCGAUUACAUUAUUUUCUAAAAAUAUCAUUGAAAAGAAUUUCCAAAAAAUAUCUAGCUGAAAUUUCAUCGUUUCCAUUACGAAAGAUACAUCCAUCCGUUCCUGUUCAUGUGUGUUUGUGUAUAAAAAUAAUUGCGUGAUUUAAUAAUAUUUAUUGUGCAAUAGCUAGCAAUCAAGAAAAGAUACAAAUUCUGUGAGAUCCAGUAAGAUACACGUACAGUACAAAAAGACACGUAUAGUUAUGGCUGAAGAAUUAAUUGACGAAAGUGUUGAGAAAUCUUUAAUUCAGGGAAUCAUUGAUGAGAUUAUUGGAAGUCCAUUAAAUCUUAUUCUUGUUGGAAUCAUAACAUUCUUAAUCUAUAAAAUCUUUAAGAAACGUCAACCAACAGAAGCAGCACCAGCAGAACCAGAGCUUCCAAAACUUAAAAAAGAUUUCACAGUUCAAGAGUUGAAGGCAUUCGAUGGAAAUCAAGAGGAUGGACGAGUGCUGGUUGCUGUGAAUGGAAAUGUCUAUGAUGUCACGAAAGGAAAACGAUUUUAUGGUCCCGGUGGACCGUAUGCAGCUUUUGGUGGAAAAGAUGCUAGUCGAGGAUUAGCGACAUUCAGCGUCACUGCCAACGAAGAUAUUGAAUAUGAUGAUUUAAGCGAUCUUUCACCAGCAGAAAUGGAGUCAGUAAAAGAAUGGGAAAUGCAGUUUAAAGAAAAAUAUGACUUUGUCGGACGUUUGUUAAGGCCUGGCGAACAACCAUCAAGCUAUUCCGAAGACGAAGAAGAUGACCAAAACUCCUCAGAUAAAUCAGGUGGUGAAGAGAAGCUUAUUACUGAAUCUAAAGAAAAGCCUGAAGAGUGAAGUGCAGUGCCGUGUGUUCAUAACAGCUUAAAUCACUAAAAUAUGAUACAUAAACGCUCACAUUUCAAAAAAUAUAAGCAGAUUGAUUGCAAAUGGGACGAAUAUCUUUUUUUACACUUUUUUGAAUACAUUCGUUUCCAUUACUUUGUGUCGAUUUUUGGACAAUUCUUACAAAAUCUAAUUCACAUUUUUUUGCUUUUUUCUACAUUUUUUAUUGAAUUUUUUAUUUUUAUCAUUUAGAAUUGGACUACGUUUUUUAGCUAUUAUGACAAUUUUUUUAAAAAAUUUCUUUUAGAAUAAUGCCAGUACUAGAUGGGAGUUAAAAUUAGUAUCUUUGGUCACAUUACGAAGUAAGAGAGAGAUAAAUUUUCAUUCUUUAUUAUUCAGUCAGUACUUAUUCCUAAAAUCGCUGUUUUUCCUGCAUAAUGUACUAUGUCAUGUUGAUAGUUUAUGCAACUGGAUCAAUGUCGUUUUCAAAUUAUUAACUAUAGUUAUUUCAAACAUAUUUCAAAAAAAA